AUGGCCGCCGUCGGUGACGAGAAGAUCGGCGACGUCGACGUCCGCCAGGCCGGCCUGUCAUCGUCGUCGAGCGACCGCCCAGCGCCUACCGGUGUCAACUCCGACGCCGCCAGCGGUGGCUCCAAGGUCGACGCGGCGUGGAAAUUCCUCAAUGAGCACCGCGACGUCGACGUCGACGGCGUCGCUGCCAUCGAUAUCAAUGCUCUCCGCCACAAGAUUGACUGGCACAUUGUGCCGCUCAUGUUUUGCUGCUACACGAUGCAGUUCCUCGACAAGGUCAUCCUGAAUUACGCCGCAGUCAUGGGCCUCAACAAGGAUCUGAACCUACAGGGCAACGACUUCUCCAACGUCGCGACCUUUCUCUUCGUUGGCCUGCUCUGCUUCGAAGUCCCCAACAUCUAUUUCCUGCAAAAGGUCCCUGCCGCCAAGUGGCUCGGAUUCAACGUCACGUUUUGGGGCGUCGCCACGGCCUGCGGAGCUGCGGCCAAGGACUACCAGACGCUGCUCGUCUCCCGCGUCUUCCUCGGUAUCUUUGAGGCCACCAUCGGGCCCUCUCUGAUGCUCAUCAGCAGCCAGUGGUACACCAAGUCCGAACAGGCCCCUCGCUUCUCCUUCUGGUACCUGGGCCUCGGCCUCGGCCAGAUCAUCGGCGGCGCCGUUUCGUACGGCUUCCAGCACAUUGCGCCCGGCGCGGGUCUUGCUGGCUGGCGCAUCAUGUUUGUCGUGCUUGGCUGCCUGACGGUCGUCUUCGGCCUGUGCACUUUCUUCUUCCUCCCCGACACACCCAUGAAGGCCCGCUGGUUGUCCAACGCCGAGAAGGUUGCGCUGCUCAAGCAUGUCAGUGUCAACCAGACCGGCAUCGACAACAAGAAGUUCCGCGCCAAGGAGAUUGUCGAGGCGCUCCUGGACCCCCAGAUCUACCUGCUGAUCCUGUCCGUCGUCCUGCUGUCCGUGUCCAGCGGUGUCGUCACGACGUAUUCUGCGACGCUGAUCAAGAACCUGGGCUAUCUGCCGAAGCAGGCAGCUCUGAUGAACAUGCCUUCCGGCGCGGUCAGCAUCUUCUUCACCCUAUUGGUCGGAUUCGGCAUUCGCAAACAGUCCCACCGCUGGGCGUGGAUUAUUGCGUGUAUCAUCCCUGCGAUCCUUGGUGGCGCCUUGAUGUCUUUCUUGAAUCCGAAAACCAACCGGUCAGGCGUUCUUGCCGGCAUCUACCUUGUCAAUGCCGUCGUCGCGCCCCUGACCAUCUUUUACAACUGGACCGUUGCCAACUGCGCAGGUGGUACGAAGCGUGCCUUCGCGGCAGCCCUGGUCAGCGGGUCAUUCUCACUCGGAAACAUCAUCGGCCCUCAGACUUUCCAGGCCAAGGAUGCGCCCGAUUUCCGCCCCGCUAAGUUGGCUGUCAUGGGUACACAGGCUGGAUGUGCCCUGACCACCUUUGCGCUGUUCUUGUACUACGUUUGGGCCAACAAGCGACGCAAUGACAGGAGCAAGCAGCAGGAGGAAGCGUUCAUGUCCCCCGAGGUGUGGGCCAACAUGACCGACAAGGAGAACAAGCAUUUCCGCUACACCUAUUGA